GACGCAGGAGCGGGCCGGGCACGCCGGGUGACGGCAGGCCGAGCUCCGCCUCCUCCCCCUUCACUGCCCGCGUGUGCUCGCCGGCCGGAGUGUGGCUGCCGGCCUUCGACUAGCCGGUCCCGAGGAGAGAGCGAGGGCGGCCAUGAAGAUCUGGAGCUCGGAGCACGUCUUCGGACACCCCUGGGAUACAGUGAUCAAAGCUGCUAUGAGGAAGUACCCCAACCCAAUGAAUCCCUGUGUGGUAGGAGUAGACGUCCUCGACAGAAGCCUUGAUAACCAGGGGAGGUUGCAUAGUCACCGUCUUCUCAGCACGGAGUGGGGACUGCCGGGUAUUGUAAAGGCGAUUUUAGGAACGAGUAGAACUCUGACUUACGUUGAGGAGCAUUCUGUGGUAGAUCCAGUGGAAAAAAAGAUGGAGCUUUGCUCAACUAAUAUUACUCUCACAAAUUUGGUGUCUGUUGAUGAGCGACUGGUUUACACACCUCAUCCUGAAAACCCUGAAAAAACUGUGUUAACUCAAGAAGCAAUUAUUACUGUUAAAGGCAUUAGCUUGAGCAGUUAUCUGGAAAGCUUAAUGGCAAACACAAUAUCUUCUAAUGCCAGAAAGGGGUGGGAUGCUAUUGAGUGGAUAAUUCAAAAUUCUGAAAGCGCUCUAAGCUAGCAGUUCUCCACAUCUACCGUUUGUACUAACUAGUGGGACGGGAUGCCCUAGAAUGGGUGAUCAGCAAACUAAACACAGAAUUGGAGGAGCUGAAGUCAACGCGCGAGGGAAUGAAACCAGCCAUGGCAGCAGCAUCAACAGAAAAAUAAACCCAAAAAUACUAGGUAACUGACAGAAAACUUCUAUUCUGCAGACUGCUUUGUUGAUCUCCCUUCCACGGCUGAUCUGCAGAGGUUUUAUAUAUUUAUAAGAAUAUUGGAUCAGCGAAAAAGUAACCUCAUCCAUCAUGUCCACAGCAGCUCCUGUUGCCUACUGAAGAUUAAAUCAACCUCCUGCAGAUGCUCUUUUCAUUGAAAUGAUUUAUUUUUAACACUGGAAACAAAACAUUUAGCACAUUUAAAACUGCCUAAAUGUGCCUUUUAUUGCAAAGAUAGAGAGUACGUUAUAUUUGUACCAUCUCAGUUUUUCAUGCUCAAACUUGAAAAGAAUGCAUGUGUGGUAUUAAGGGUUUUCCAUGUGAACAUUUGUUCUGUGAAGGGCUAGUGAGAACUAGAGCACUGAAUUUUGUCUGUUUUGCAAUCUGAUUGUGUCUUAUGAGUGUUUAAGGGGAACUACAUGAGUCAGAACAUGAUACUGUAGCAUCAGAUGUCUAGACUGUCAUCCUGAAAAGCUAGAACAUGUGUGGUACUAACUGUUCUUACGUUGUUUAAAUGUGCUGCCUGAACAUGACACAUGGAUACUUUACCUCUUAGAUGUUUGUAUCCAAACAAAGAUAAGGUUCCUGUUGAUGUUAAUAGUCUAAAACAUUUUUUUAUUGUGUCGAAGGGUGUAAUUUAUUUUCAUAUUUGUUAACUUGCCCUGGUUCCUCCUCUUCCUAUAAGGAGAGGAUUAGUAAUUCCUGGAAGGUGCUGGAAAAUACUUCUCUUAUUUAUCUCUAAGAAGGGUACUUCUAGGCUACUUGAAUGAAGAGAUUGUGUUGUUCCACUGGUCCUUGCUCUUCACAUCUUGUCUUAACUGAGGGAGAGACUGAUGCCAUAACCAGAGGAGAUGAAAUGAGAAAUAAGCAGGAAAUUUGAAAUCCAAAGGGUAAGGUUUCAUGAACGUGUACUUUUCAUGCUCUGAACGGAGAAAACAAGAGUACAAGAAAAACAUGCGGACUCUCCUUUUUGAAUGCUUUCUACUAACUGCUAACUACCAGUGUAGCCGAAUUUUUUCAGUGUUUUUCCAUGUUGGUACAAACUGGUUUUAGUAUAAUUUUAAAUACUUCUUAUUAUCUGGGAAAAUACUGCAGUAACUGCAGAGAUUUUUUCCUAUAAAACGUGCAUAAAUAUGUAUUUCUAACAGUCCUAGACUUGUCUGAUGUUCACAGAAUUUUCAUAUCUGCUCUAGGUGUAGUAAAUGCUUCUUGGACAAAACUCUGUUAGGGUAUUUUAACUUUUUUUUUGUGUGUGCACACAAAGUGAAAUGCAUAUUGCAAGGAUAUUUACUUAUUCAGAGGGCAAGCACGUGUUUAGGAGGGUGCUAAAGAGCAUGAGUAACUUCUAAAGAACUAGAAGAGUUAAAUGUUGGUCACUGUUUUGAUCUGGUGAUUUUGAAGUGUCUGUAGCUUAAGGGAAAUUUCAGCAUUCGUAUUCUGGUUAGUCUGAGAGUGAACAUUAAUUUGGCUGUAGCUUUAGUCUCGGUGAAUUACGUGAUUCUAAUGAGUAAACUUAAUUUAAAUAUGUAUGUAUAUCUAUUAGUUGAAAGCAAUUAAAAUAGUAGCUAAUACUUAUGUUGCUCUUUUUACGUGGACCUAAAGCCUUUCUUAUUUUGGAACAGAAACUUAGAGCUUAAAGGCUAAUUGCAGCUCUUUUCUGGAAGAGAUGCUGGAUAGCUUUGGUGCAGGUCAGUUGUGCUUCUCAGAGGAGUGAUGCCACUCCCUGGAUAAAGAAUGUAAAUGUUCUAGCUCCUGUUGGCAUUCUGCUAGGAAAGGGGAGUGCACCUAUGGCAGAGCUCUGCAAUUGAAAGGAAAAGAUGAGUAAGUGUAUGUGUAUGUGGAAACCUGUACUACAGCAUUUCCAUCCAUGCCUACUGGAGAUGAUGAAAACAUAACUGUCGAGGGGGUGGAAAGGUCUUUGAACAGGUUCUUGUAUUGUUUCAUUUUGUAAGAAGAAUUGUCUAAAGCUGCUUCUUGCAUCAGAUUUGAAAUAAUUGCUGUGUGUUUUCUUAAAGCCUGCCUUGUCAUCUUGUGUAGAGCACCUUCCAGUAGUAGCUGGAGUCCAGAAAAGUCACCACAGGCUCCUGUAUUCUGUCUAGGGCUGAACUCCUCUACCAGACCUUAGGGUCAGUGCCAGUUACGCGUCAGUUUUCUGGAUUGCUUUCUUUGCCCUUUGUUUCCUUCUUCCAGAAACAAAUCCUUAUCUGCUUGUGUUGUAGCAUCUCCUUUCUGUUUCAUUCCCAACUGGUUUUUGGCUGCUUCCUUCCCAUGUUCGUGCUGCUUGGGAACUAUAUGGCUAGGUGCUUGGUUUUCCAGUCUGUCUGCUGCUCCACUUGCCAUGAAUCAGUGGUUUGUGCUCAGUUGUCUUCUGCUUUUCUCUAGGCUAAAUGGAAACGGGGAGGCUCUGGGUAGGAAAAAGACUAAUUUCUUCCAAAGGCCAAUUCCAUUACCCAUCUGCUGCUUUCCGCUGCCGGACAGUGCUGCUGCUUCGUACCUUGUCUUUGGCUUAGGGGACACUCCUGCACCAUCAGGCUUAUUCAUCUUCCUGCGGUUACUCAUAUUGCCACUGCGUACAAAGGCCCUUGCAAGCAGCGGUCACGCUGAGACCAGGUGGGCUCCAGUGCUUAGCAGAUAAAGUGAUUCUUAAUUUCCCAAAAGCUUUCCUGGACACUUCCACUCCUCUGCUUUUUUGCCCAUCUAAUUUGCAUACAAGGCUUCCCUUCCUUCUCACUUGGCCGUGUAACUUAACUCUGUACAAUCUGAUGGGAUUUGUAGCUGUACGUUCAAGCACUCCAUUUCCUGCCCCAGUUCUAUCACUGUUAUAGUUUGAGUUGACCAUUGGAGCAAAAGAAGCCCUACCUUUGGAACUGCCUACCUUAGCCCUUCCGUAGGGAACUCCCCCAUCUUUUCUUUACUUACUGGAAACGGCUAAAAAUAUUUCUGAUGUCAGUUUUAAGUCAUGUGCAUUGACUGAGGUGACUGUCAAGGACAGAAAGCCACACGUGUGGGCAAGUGCUAGGCUGCAUGCGGAAGCUGGGCAGAUGUAGCUUGUUGGCUUGGUGCAGAAACAGCCAGGUUUGUAGGAGGAUAAAGGUUUAUAAAGCAGAAAUGACGUUAAGUCAACUCUCAUGAACUUGGAAGGAUCUUGAAGUGCUGGGGACUGAGCAGAAUAAAACUCCACACUUGUAGCCAUGCUGAUUACUGGGUUGCCAGUGCCAUUUUCAAUAAGAAUUCUGCACUUUGAGAGUUGAAAAUAGGUUUAAAGUAGAGUUUUGGUGGGGAGGAGGUUGUUCACUGCUGUUCAAGCCACUGAGGCUUGCAGUGCAGUGUUUCUUUGACAUCAGGUUGCAAUUCAAGGGAAAGGGGGUGGAGUGAGGCGCGUGUGUGUAGGGAAGUGGUUUGGUUUAAAGAAUUUAGUGCCCAUGGAUCCAAGUUAAUUAGCAGUGUGGCUGCACCCCCUGCCCAGUAACUCCAGCUGUGUUGCACACACCUGCUGUGGAAGGAUGAAGCUGGGGAUGUUGGUUCCUAAUGGCAGGAGAUACAUGGAUGGGUGACGGCAGCAUGGUUCUCAGAGCAUGGCAAGCUGGGCAUGUUAGCUCUUGACCCUGAAGGAUUUUAAGGUGUUGAAAAUACCAAACAAGGUAAACUGGUUUCUGGUUGAUUUCUGUAUUUUGUGUGAGCACAGACAGGCUCAUGUAGCAACAAAAGGCAUUGACUUAGAAACCUUAGAAAUCUUUUGUGUCAUUGGGUUUGUGUAAAUGAUCUUCCCCCUCACUUCCUGUUUUGUUUUCCUGAUUUGCUCUUGUGCCAGUGCGAUUCCUCCAUGCUUCCCUACACUGAUUACUGCUUUCCCCUCCAAUCAGGGCAGCAGGCAUGAUGGGGGAAGGCUCAUAUUUGUAGGGAAAACAGACAAGCCUAGUCUAAGCUGCAGUAUUCUUGAAACACUUGCUUAAUGCAAGUAGAGGCACUGAACUGCAGCACUUGGGAUGUAUCAAGAGGUGAUGUAUAGCACAUAUCGGGCACUGCUGUAUGUGACGAUGUAAUAAAGUAGCAGAGUAAAAUGACCAGCAACAUUCCGCAAUGUGGCACUUUGCUCCACCUGAAGGUUUAAAUGCAGUGGGUAACAUCUUUCCGGUUCUUCCAUCUUCUUAGAUUGUAAGCCGUGAAGGGCAGGACUUUGUCUAUGUACACUAUGGUGCUAUUUUAAAUAAACGACAUCCUCAGUUUAAAAAAAACACUUCUGGGAGUAACUGCUGUGAUAUGAAAUGGGCUGUUGGUUUUCAGAGAAGGCUGCAGAGAAACUAUUUGUGUUACCCUGGGCUGGGUAAGCAGCAGCACCAAGUACCAGGCUCCCUGCAGCUCACUGUGAGCCACGCAUUGUGCUGGUCGAAAGCUCUGCUGGGCUUCUUGUUGCCUGAACUGGUAAUUCUGUUUGGGUCUGG